UUUUUACAGACUCUGGUAUGUCUCGGCCAGGGGACAGAACCCAAAGCCUUUCUAACAGGGUCGAACGCUAAACUAAAGGCCAAAAGUGAGGCACUGUCAAGGGAGAAAUUAGGAAGAAGAAAGUUGUUUAGAAAGAAGAGAAAAGACAAUAUCCCAAAUUUAGUCGCCUCUUACUAUCAUGCAAUGGGGGAAGCAGGUACUACCUGCAGGGACUCGCGGGUUCGACCUCCAGUAGAAGCACACUACUCUAUUUCUGUUACAUAUUGCAAUUAGACACAAAUAUAAACAUUGAUCACAGAUAUUAUUAUAAGAUAUGUAUGCUAUAAAACUUGUAGUCAGUCAGGGUGUUAAAAAUAGAUUAGAUAUUCGAUUAUUCCAAGUCUUUAUGUAAAGACACAUUGUGGCCUUAUUCCAAUGGAAUCACUUAGAUCUAAAUAAAUCAAUUAAAUUCACAAAAUAGUUACAUAAUUAUAAAUAAGAUAUUGAUAAUUUUAUAAGACUCAAAGACCCAAUAUUUUAAAAAAAAAGUAUAUGAAAUAUUACAAAAAGUUACCUAUAUUGUCUCGUAUCUGAUACCAUGGCAGCAGGUGAUCGGGUAUCCCCUAUACCUAACAAGCUCUCCUUCGUGCCAUAUGCCAGAUAUAUUAUGAGACUUCUAAAACUUCGCAUACUUGUGCCAUGAACUAAAAUCAAUAAAAAAAAAAUACUGGUAGGAAUUGAAUGAUCUAAAAAACGAUGUGAUUAACCAUACAUUGUAUAUUGGUAUUUUAACAAUUAAAAAGUAUCAACUUAAAAUGUCACUUGCCAAAGGGGUUGUGGUUGGGACAAUCCCUACCGACCAAACUCUCUCAGACUGCUGAUACAUUGUACAGUAAUUGUUUGGCAUGUACAGGUAUAUACAUUGUAACUUAUAUUGAUGAAAAACAUGGGUAAAUGAAUUAAUGAAGGAGGCAUAGCGAAGACAAAGUAUAUGGAGAAUAAAUUGACUCCUUCGUUACAACAGUAUUGUAAGAAGGCUAAAUCCAGGUCCUCAAUCCUGUCCAACCUUAAAAAAAUAAGAGUAGUGUAUUGUUCUAUAAAUAGAUACAUAAAGUAUCACGUAUACGAACAGGAAUUUCCUUGUAGGGUGGGAAUUCCCAAACUAUGACAUCGGUACAGGAUACGAACGAUUGUAUGGCUGAAUGAGUGUUUCCCUCCAUGUCAUAGUGAGAGAACCAUGCCACCUCAAACCACGAACAUCUUACACAAAUCAAUAUCAGUGCACACUGGUAUCUAGCCGGACGAAACUCCCAUGACAUAAUGAAGUACACGCUUUAAAGAGACAAUGACGUCAGGUAACGGGACAGGUAUAAAACUCUCCAUGGCGGAGUGUAUGGCGGAGCUGAAAGUUUUCCGUCAAGUAUUGGAGAAUGUUGAAAGAACGAACCGAACAGUCCUGGACCAACUGGAAACGAUACAAAGACAUCCAAUGAUGAUUGAAGAGAACCGCAAAAGGGUUACAGAAAUGGGUGCUCGUGGAGAUCAGCUCGUACAAAGAUUAGAAGACAGAGACAGGACUGUACACGACCUCACGGAUACCGUCAGUGAUCUAUGUGGGCAAGUGGAUGGACUACUCAGUGAUUUUUCUUCCAUCAAACGCACAUCUAGACAGAAUAGGAGGAAAAAACAAGUGAUAAAUACUGCAGGAAGUAUUGGUUCUGUACAGGUUCCGGAUAAACAAGCCCCAACAGGUAGACCCAGUACUGACACUGGACAGACAACUCCUCGUGAUGAUAAAAUAAAUGGAGACGCAGAGGGUAUAUCAGAGGAUUUACCGCCUGUAACUGUUAACUCGCGUGGGUAUAAGCGUCGUCUGACAGACGAUAGGACAGAUAAUAGGUUAAGACAUAAGACAGACGAUAAGACAGAUAAUAGGUUAAGACAUAAGACAGACGAUAGAACAGAUAAUGGGUUAAGAUAUAAGACAGACGAUAAGACAGAUAAUAGGUUAAGACAUAAGACAGACGAUAAGACAGAUAAUAGAUUAAGACACCAGACUAACCUACGUACACUCCCACAAACGGCGACGCAAAGUAAACCGGAAACUGUUAACGUAGAAAGACGUUUGGCAGCUGUGGUUCAGGAUUCAGGACAGUCUAAUUCUGGAAACAACUCGGAAGCAAGACUGGCACUAGCGCGAAAACGUGGUGGAAAGGCUGAGUCCGGUCUGUCUGGGUUGUUGUCAACGGAAACGUCAACGAUGCCAGGAUUAGAUGAAUGCGACGAGAGAAAAAUGGCUGGGCUCGGAAACGACAGCUUCAUACCUUUCCACGUCUUUCAAAAAUGGUUUAACUACGCCGAAACAGAAAAAGUUAUAGGAUCAGUUAGUGGACUAGCCCGGGGAAGGGGACCAGAUACCGUUUUGUGUCUAGACACCUCCGCCAGCAUGAAAGGAGAGCCAUUUCAAAAAAUGAUUGAGUUCGCUAUGGACUUUGUCACAGGUGUGGAGGCAUUAACAGGUUUAGCAGACAUUGAGGAGAAUAUCUCGGUGACGACUAUUGGAGCGGUUACGAAGGUGUGGAUACACAUGACCAGCGACUAUAGCGCUGUAAAAGCAACUCUUCGUGAAAUACAUGCCCUUGGGCCCCGAGGACGCAGUCCAAUAGCUGGUGGUCUGUUAGUGGCACUAGCUGGUUGCUUGGGGAACGGCCAAAAUAUGGUCAUAGGAGACGUGGUAAUAUCGCCACGGAUAGUGCUCAUCUCGGACGGGAAAGGCACUCCAGAUCAUAUCAAGUUUGGGCCAGAUAUGACAGGGGACAGCAGUGAGAACACACCAGCGAGGAUCAUUGUGGAUACAAAUCUGAAAGAUGUUUGCGACAACCUAAAGCGGAGACAUGAUAAAGUUUAUUGUAUUCCUGUCGGGGAUGCUGACAAGAGUGUCAUGGAUAAAAUAUCCAAAACUACAUCAGGGAAAGUCUUCCUUACUUCGCAGCUUGACAGAUUUGUGAGAUCGAUGGAUAAAACCAUUGCAGCGGCGCAACUGUUGGCACGAGUCAUUGUAACACUAGGAUACAUACCUCCGGGUGACGGAAUGCGUUCAUUGUUUGAGAGGCUGCACGGGCAAUUGUCAGCAGAAGACAUGGCUGAGGUUCUGGAACUGGCACAGAUUUUUGUGGAAGAGUUACCUGACCGGAUAAUUACGUCCGAGCAUGACGACGAAUUGCCGACACUUGGGACCCGCGUGCGGCGUGGUCCGGGCUGGAAGCAUCAGGACCAGGACUCUGAAGGCGUGGGGACCGUGUGCAGCCACGGGAAGGAUGGCAAGGUGUGGGUUGAGUGGGACAACGGGAACAGGAAUUGCUACGAUUACAAGAAUGAAACGAAAGAUGUCAAGGCUGCAAACGAACCCAAGGUUCUUAAGUCUGAUGAGUUGAUUGCUACAGGAUGUCGGGUAACAAGAGGUGAUACAUGGCCGUAUGGAAAUGAGGACGGAGGGCCGGGGUCGAUAGGGGUGGUCGUACGGGUGUUCUUGCAUGGAACUGUGAUUGUACGCUGGCAAAAUAAGACAUUAUCUAACCUUAAGUACGGACAUGAUGGCGAGUUUGAAGUGAAGAUAUGUACCGGAGAUUCACAUUCACUCCCAGACAGACAGGAAACUCGGUCAGUACCGCAGAGCGACUCCGACUACAUUGGGUCGGCCCUGUCGACGUCUAUUGGGGAUAUAAACAGGAGAAACAGGAACUAUGAACAAUAACAUUGUACUGUUUCAUAUUGUUACAAAUUAAAGGGACAUUUACCUGUCAGUUGGUUCA